AUGGCUGCUCCCGGGGCGCUUGCUUCUACAGUGGUCCCUUCGGACUUGUGGCCCUCCUUGGGCGAUUUUCUGCAGCGCUUCCCCGAAGUGCACGGCACCUUCACAACCAGCACAUUCCCUGACUUUGGGCCUGCGUGUCCUCCCUCGUUCUUUCGCCGCUCCCUCGCCGAGGUCGGCCCUUCUGUGUUUGAAGUACAGCACGGCAACCAUGGCGCUUUUGAGUGCAUCGCUAUGGUGCUGGAUUUUCUUUCUUCUGAGCCUUGCCACCGGGUCAAGCGUGGCCCUGGCCGUUCUUUUCUCUGUGCUCCUUUCUCAGGGGAGCUUGCUUCUGCUUCGGCUCGGGCUUGGGCCCGAAUAGCUGAGGCUGUUGACAUGUGGAACUCCCAGCCUCCUGUCACUGCCGGGGAUAUGGGCAGAACUGCAGUUAAGGUCGAGAAGGUUGAGGCCCAGGUCCGUGCUCUGGCUGUGGUCGACCCAAGUGCUCGCUGCUCCUCCCUCCCUGACCUGAACCUAGCAAAGGACGUGGAGGUUUCUCGGGUUAGCCUGCCUCGCAGCCGGCCGGCUUUCGACCCGGCUCCCUUCUUGGACAGGGAUCUUCGCUCGCUGUACCUUAGCCCCAGCCUCCACAGCGUGCCUCUUGAAGAUGCUCCGGCCCCUCCUCCCCGCGUCACUUUCAGGUGUUCCUCAAAAGAUGCCCGGAUGGAUUUGCUGACCGCUUUGGAUGCUUCGGGCCGCCUUCGUCUCUUCAGAGGGGACCUGCAUGACCAUCGCACCGCCUGCGGGCUGUUUGCAAUCCCGAAAAGCACUGAGGCCGAUCGGCUGAUAGUCGAUGCCCGCCCGGUGAAUUUGGUUAUGGCCUCCGACAUGACUUGGCUCGGCACCAUGGGGGCGGCCACUGCAUUGCUUCGGUUCGAGCUGGAGGACUCUGAACAACUUUACCUUUCGGGGGACGACAUUCGUGACUACUACCAUCAAUUCCUGACUACGGAGGAUCGCUCCGCUCACUAUCGAUUUGUGGGCUUCUACUCCCCUUCCUCCCUGCAGCACCUCUCUUGCUUCACAGCCGACCUCUUACAAGCCCCUUGUGUUAUUGCAGCCUUAAACUGCAUGGCCAUGGGAGACGUAAAUGCUGUGUCGAUAGGGCAAGCGAGUCAUAUCGGCUUGGUGCUGGGGGCCGGGGUGGUCUCUUUUGAGCAGUUGGUGUGUUUGCGAAACCCCCCUCCUAGGCAGCCUCUUGGGCUCGGUGUCAUCAUUGACGACUUGAUUGUCAUCGAAAAAGCUGCCAGGGGACAGGACUUUGACCCUCAGACUUGCCACAGCCCUCGCAUCGUUGCCCGGAUGCAUGAGGUCUACUCCUCAGCUCGUCUGCCUCGUCACGAGAAGAAGGGUUUCUUCAUGGAGAGCCGGGCUUCCUUCUGGGGCGCCGACGUCCUCGGCGAUGUGGGGCUUGUUCGCCCGUCUUGGUCCCGUCUGUCCCCGCUUGUUUCUCUGACCCUUGCUGUCUUAGAGCUCCCAGCCUUGACGGUCUCGCUCCUUGAGGUGCUUGCGGGGUCUUGGGUUUCGGUGCUUUCUUUCAGGCGCCGCGCGCUUUGCUUGCUGGACCAGGUCUACUUGCUGCAGCGAGGCCGUGGCCGUCAGGACUUGGUCGAGAGCACUGUCGCCCUUCGAGUUGAGUUGUUUUCGCUGUGUGCUCUCGCGCCCCUCAUCCGCACCGACCUUCGGGCUAAGUCCAGCGGGCUUAUCGUUGCUUCGGAUGCUUCAGACAACUUGGGCGCCUAUGUCACCUGCCGGGUUGCUCCUUGCCUGACGCGUGAGCUUCAGCGCCACGUCCCAACAAAGGGCCUUUGGGCUCGGCUCCUUUCUCCUUCUGACAGCCUGCUGAAGCGCCGUGGCUUCUUACCUCCUGAGAGUGAGCUGCCUGGCCAGGUGUACCGCACGAGCCCUCUUUGGACCCAGCUUGCUCAAGCUCUCUCCUUUCGUUUAGGGGCUGUGUUCCGCAGACGUCGUGCUGAUCACAUAAACCUGAAGGAGAUGGAUUCCUACUUGGCCGUCGAGGCGGCCCUGGGCUUCCGUGACUGGGAGUCUUCUCGCUCCCUUGCCUUACUGGACUCUCAGGUUUGUUUGGGAUCUCUCCUCAAGGGGAGGUCAGCUUCUUUCUCCAUAAACCGUCGCCUCCGUUCUGCACUCGGGGGUCUUCUUUUCUUCAAUCUGCAUCCUUCCUGUGCUUAUGUCGCUUCGGCUGACAACCCCUCCGACGAUCCCACUCGUCUCGUGCCGUUGCGACUCCCUGCUAUUCCUGAGCCUGCGUGGCUUCGGCUUGCCGAGUUGGGGGACUUCUCUGCCUUGGACUCUUUCCUAAAGGAUUGCAACCUGCACCCCCUUCAGGUCCAGGGUUUCGACGUUCUUGCUGAGAAGUUCGCCUCUCGUGACACUGCCCCUGGCUUUUACGGCGAGUCCUCUCUUACAGGGCGGGACCCCAGUCCUUCUGCAGCGCCUCAAAACCCCGGGGCUGACGGGCUCCCAUCCUCUGAGGCUCCUGGCCACUGCAGCCCUGGAUUUGGGCCUACCGUUCGUUCCUUCCUGCAAAGCUGCUCAAAACGGCAGUUCCUUUGGCCAGCCGGCCACCGACCGCCCGCACAAGCCUGCCCUACGGCCCCAGGCUACCUGUGCCUCUACUCGGGUUCAAGAGGUGUGGCAAAGGCUGCCGUCAAGGCAGGUUUCCCUUGGUCUCUCACUUUCGACUGGCUCCACGACUCACGCCAGGACUUGCUGGAUCCUCGGUUGCAGGAGCUUCUGCUCAAAAGCCUCGAGGGCCACGCUUUUAGUGCAGUCGGCCUCUCUCCGGGGUGUCCGACCUUCAGUGCUGCUGUUCGCCCUCCCCUUCGGAGUCGGGACCAUCCUACCGGUCUUCCAGAUCUCCCUACAAGCUGCCUUUCCCGAGUCUGCCACGACAACAAGCACUGCACGUUCGUCGUUCGUGUCGUUAAGGUUGCUGUUAGCUUAGGGGUCCCGGUUUGGCUUGAGAACCCUGAGGGAAGCUGGCUAUGGAAGCAACCCGAGGUCACUGACUUGGUCCGGAGCUGCCAUGGCCUAGGCUUUUGGGUCUUCGACUGCUGUCGCUUCGGUUGCAGGUGGCGCCGCCGCACGUGCAUCCUUACUACGACUGACCUGCAGGGCUCAAAGCUGCUGUGCUCAGGCUGCGCCGACCACCUCGUGCUCCGCGGGCGCGUGGCUGGGACAGCCUUGAACUGGACGAAGGUUGCCGAAAGCCUUCCUCAGCGAGCUUGCGAAGUUUUGGCGAGGGCCCUUUGGACUGCCGUCACUAGGCCGGGUGCUUCUGUUAGCAGCUGCGUGCGCGACGACGCCGACCACAUUGGUGAGGCAAAAGUGCCAGGACCACGGAAGCCUCUUCAAGCCAGGCGCGGCUCUCUCUUCGACGUCGAGCUGGUGGAGCAGAGGACCAUCUCACUUAGAGCACGAGUUUGGGGGGCUUUCGUCGGCUGGCUAAGGGAGAAAGUCUCAAACGAGGCUGUCCUGGCUCUUUUUAGCUGCCCCCCGCUUCUUGCUUUGGUUUUGCGGGACUACGCCGACGAGCUCUACAAAACUGGUGCUUCGCUGGGCUCUUACAGACAGCUGCUGGCGCACGGGCAAAAGCUCCUUCCUUUGCUGAGGCCACACCUUAAACCAGCUUGGGAAAUGGUGUCUCGCUGGGAGGAGAUCCAGCCGAUCUGCCAUCGCACUCCCAUGCCGGAGAUUGUCUUGAAGGCCAUGUGCGGCCUUGCUUUAGCUUUGGGCUGGAAGAGGAAGUCUGCUAAAGUUCAGCAUGCCAAGCUCGAUGACCUGGUUUGUCUACAGCUGGCCGCCUGGCUUUGGCAAGACCUCCCUUCAGGUUCUCUGAGGGCCGGGGGAGCCAUCGCCGCCUUCCAGAAAGGGCUCUCGGUCAACGACUUGCUUUGGCGGAUGCAACAAGACGGAGGAUAUCUGCUGCUUCUCUUCUUUUUCCUGCGGUUGUAUCGGGCGACUUAG